AUGAAGUCAUUUUCUUAUUUGAAACGCAAACUAUAUGAUCGUGACAACAAAGUGCUGGAUAACAAGCGUUUUAGACCUUCAACAAGUGAACCUUUGACAUGCAAUUAUUGUGGCAAAUUGGGCCAUAAAAUAAACGACUGUCGCAAACGAAAGUUUAAUGCAUAUCAAACUCAGAGUGCAUCUACAAACUCUUCGUCGGUAGCCACUCCUAACAUGAAGAAAAACGUCAUUUGUUUCACUUGUGGCGAGAAAGGACACAUCGCAACACACUGUUCAAACUUCGGCACUCGUGGUAGUAGCAGCACAAACGGAAAGGCUGGUAACGGCGGAGCACUACCACCGCGUCGUGUAGAUUAUUGCGAGACACAAGGCGUGACGGUCCAGCUAAAACACUCCGGUCAGAAAAAUGAAUUAACAAAUAUGCAUGGUGGAUUAUUUCAUGGCAAUAAAUUGCCUCAUAAUCUGCCAGAAAAGGAUCCUCCAUCUCGC